GUGCCCAGAAUGGUAGAGAUUGGGAGAGGUUGGCAGAGGUGUGUCAGGCGUGAGUGUCCGUCUGAAUGCCCCUUGGCGGAACGGGACGGGACGGUUUCGGGGCGCUGAGUCAGGUGAGCCCGAGGCUGCUGGAUUCUGACCCCUCCUCCAGGCCGCCCUCUUGGCCUGCAUCCCAGGGGCACUGAGGAGGUGGGAGGGCUGCGGCCGCAGCUCAGUGCUGCAGCUCAGCCGCACCAGUUCCUGACAAGCCAGGUACACCCUGGGCGGGGUUUCCCGCACCACAGACAUGCAAAAAAACCUCUGGAAGGUUCUCUGGUGGACCAGAAGGGAGUAGCCCAGAGAGCAGAAGCACCUUGUCACCCAUUCUUGGAUUCCUGUCCCAGAACAGCCAUGGGCAGCACCACACAGGCGCCUUUCUCCUUCCCCAUGGUGCACGUCGUCCUCUUCAUCUUCAUCGCCUCCACCCUCUUCCACUUCCAGCAGCGCCUAGUGAGGCUCCAAGCCACCAGUGUGCAGGAGAAGCAGACAUGGCCGUCUCCUCCGGUCACAGGGACCCCAGCAGGGAGGAGCAAGUCCACGAGCCGACCCCAGCUGGGCAUGUGGACCAUCAACUCCAUCGGCCGCCUGGGGAACCAGAUGGGCGAGUACGCCACGCUCUACGCCCUGGCCAAGAUGAACGGGCGCCCGGCCUUCAUCCCCGCGCCCAUGCACAACACGCUGGCCCCCAUCUUCAGGAUCCGCCUCCCGGUCCUGCACAGCGACACGGAGCGUGCGGUCCACUGGCAGAACUACCACCUCAACGACUGGAUGGAGGAGCGGCACCGCCACAUCCCCGGCCGCUACGUGCGCUUCACGGGGUACCCCUGCUCCUGGACUUUCUACCACCACUUGCGCCCCGAGAUCCUGCAGGAGUUCAGCCUGCACGACCACGUGCGCGAGGAGGCCCAGGCCUUCCUGCGGGGCCUGCGCGUGAAUGGGAGCCCGCCCAGCACCUUUGUGGGGGUGCACGUGCGCCGGGGAGACUAUGUCCGUGUCAUGCCCAAAGUGUGGAAAGGGGUGGUGGCCGACCGGGGCUACCUGCAGCAGGCCCUGGACUGGUUCCGAGCCCGGUUCAAAUCUCCGGUCUUCGUGGUCACCAGCAAUGGCAUGGACUGGUGCAGGGAGAACAUCAACGCCUCUCUUGGGGACGUGGUGUUUGCUGGCAAUGGCAUUGAAGGGUCACCGGGCAAAGACUUCGCCCUGCUCACGCAAUGCAACCACACCAUCAUGACCAUUGGGACCUUUGGCAUCUGGGCCGCCUACCUGGCCGGUGGAGAGACCAUUUACCUGGCCAAUUACACCCUCCCGGACUCCCCCUUCCUCAAGGUCUUCAAGCCAAAGGCAGCCUUCCUGCCCGAGUGGAUGGGGAUCCCAGCCGACCUGUCCCCUCUACUCAAGAACUAGCCACCCUGUCCCUGGCAGCCCUUGGGUUCCCAGGCGUGAGGAGGGCCCUGGCCAGUGCCUGUGACCCCCAACAUAGACACAAAGGCUGAAGGAGGCUGACAGCAACCCAGAUACAUGCCCAGGCAAGGAGCCAGACUGGGUCUCAAAAGCAGCCAGCAAAGAACAGGGCUGGGUGUAUGUUUCAGCUGUACCAGACCAAUCUUGCGCUCUCAAGGCCCUGAACUCAAACUCCUGUGUCACCAAAUUCAUAUUAAGCUCUAUGCUAUGCUUUUUUUUUUUUUUUAAGGCCCAGGCUUCCUUUAUCCUCAAUGAUUUCCCUCCCUCAGCUUCCUGAGUUCUGAGUUCCCAGGUGUGUGCCACCAUGCCCAGCUUAUGCCACCUUUCCUGCCAUUGAAUAUGUCUAAGACCACAUCUUGCUCCACCUAGCAGCUUCCUGAUUUCCUGCAGCUCACACCUGGCUGGAUUUAGUACCCAUACCUCAGUAAGGGGCACCUGGCUCAGGACUUUGCUGAGACACGUGGGAGUCUAGAGCAAGUCAGCCAGAAAUGUCCUCCUGUUACCGAGCUCCUCUGCGAGGCCCAGGCCUAAAGGAGAUGUAAAAGCAUGGAGGACACAAGAGUCGUCUGGAAGACCUCAGGGCCCAAGAGCCUGAAUGCUCUGCAUUCCAGCAUUCCCAUUCCUGUCACUCAGGGCCGGAUCAUCACCAUUAGUGACCUAGACUCGAUCUGUGUGAACAUGGGAUGGAAUUGGCCCAGCCCAGAUCUCAUUCUUUUUCCUCUUCCUCUCUCACAUUUAUACUUGGGGUAUGGGGGAGUUAUGAGGAGCCAGGUACUAGUGCUCAUGCAGGGAAUUCUAGCCGCUUGGGUGGUUGAGAUUUGAGGACUGUGAUUCAGCGCCAACCUGGGGAAGGAAAGCCUUUGAGAUUCUUAUCUCCAAUUAACUAGCAAAGAACCAGAAGUGAAGGUUU